AUUUUCCGCAGCUUUAAUACAAUGAGAUGCGACGAACGAAACACGGCGGCCGGACCUCACAUUCCUCGAUCCCACAUUCUCACGUCUUUUGCGCUCCACAACUCGACACAGAAGAAGUAAAAUCGUGCAAUUAUUUCAGAAUAAUGGCGUUCUUCUCGGAAAAAGCUUUAGCAGAUCAGAAAAUACGGUAACUCCGCUCAUUUUACCACCACCAUCCGACCACCAACACCACCACCGCCGCCGCCUCCACCCAUCCAGAACGAAGAACAUAUACCCAACUCCGCUCAAAUCGACAAAGAGAAAAAACAGACAAACAAACCCCAUAAUUGAUAACGAAAAGGAAGAGAAAACAAGAAAAAAAGUUUGUCGCUUUGGGUAUUCCCACCAAGAUCUCAUUUGGGUUGUGUUUCGUCAGGUGUUUUAGGGUUCGGGGUGUACCAUUCUUGAAUCAAUUGGAUCGAUUCAAAGAACAAAAAGAAAAAAUUCACGAGUUUCAAGUUUUGUUUUGAAGAAAUAAGUUAACAAGAGAGGAUGAAUAUAUUGUGGAAAGACCCAGGGCUUCCGACAGAUUCAUUCUAUGAAGUUCGAGCUGAAUGCACCGACGUUCCUAAAACCAAAUUUAAAAUCAAGUCGGGGAAGACUCUUAGUGUAAGGAAGUGGCAAUCAACAUUCAAUCCAGAAGGUCAUCUUGAUAUAGGCUAAACCCUUGGUCGAAUUUAUCGUGGUGGGAUACAUCCAACGAUUAGAGGAGAAGUAUGAGAAUUUUUACUCGGUUGUUUUGAUCCCAAGAGUACAUAUGAGGAAAGAAAAGAAAUACGCCUAACAAGAAGAGAAUAAUAUGGAAGACUAAAAGAACUAUUCACAUACAUGUUUCCACUUGUUGGAAGUGGCAAGUUUAUAACUGCUCCUGUGAUAACAGAAGAUGGAACCCCAACUCAAGAUCCAAUAGUGCUUCUAGAAGCAAACCCUGAGAAACUUAUGACACCAACAACUCAAGCAACAAUCAAUUCAGGCAAAGAAAUAUCUGUCCCAAAGGAAGAAGACAAUAAGAUAAUCCAAUGGAAACUUACCCUACGACAAAUAGGUCUUGAUGUGGUUCGAACAGAUAGGACACUUGUGUUUUAUGAAAAGCAUGAUAAUUUGUCAAAAUUGUGGGAUGUUCUUUCGGUGUAUGCUUGGUUUGAUAAAGAAGUCGGUUAUGGUCAAGGGGCAUCUGUUGGGGUUGAGUCACAACUUUGCAAUUUAGCAAAUGUUAUUCAAGUUGUUGACCCUAAACUUCAUCAACACUUGGAUCACCUAGGUGGUGGUGAUUAUUUAUUCGCAUUCAGAAUGCUUAUGAUGAUGUGGGCUUUGGAGUAUGAUCCUGAUCUUUACAAUUUAUAUGAGGAACCUGAUUCUGAUAGACCUGAAGAUGCUAAAGAAAAUCCAAAAUCAUCACGUCAAUGUGGCAAAUUUGAAAGAGAAAUUUUGAGAAGUGGGGCCAAAGAUGAAGAAACUCUCCCCAUUUCUGUGUUUCUUGUUGCAAGUGUACUCAAGGAGAAAAGUGUCAAAUUGCUCACAAAAGCCAAGGGACUCGAUGAUGUUGUUAAGAUAUUGAAUGACACUUCUGGGAAUUUGGAUGCUAAGAAAUCUUGCUCGGGGGCUAUGAAACUUCACAAAAAGUAUCUUAAAAAGGUGAAGUUAGAAAAGGCAGCUUCAUAAUAGGAUGAUGAGCUUUGAGUGUUUGACUUGUGUUAAUGAUGAAAGAGAAGAAGAUGAAAGAUAGAGGUUGGAGGCAAUUUUUGUUUGUAAUUUGUAAAGACUAAUGUAUGUUGUGUACAAUUACAGUCGAUUCUUAUUGAAGCAAUGUUUAUUAAACUAUCACUGUAUCCUGUAUAUGUGAAACCAUG